AUGACCCAGCAUCCGACCCGUGUGCUCUUCUUGGCCAACAGCGAACAUGGCCAAACGAACAUUAUCCUGGCCAUCACGCAUGAGCUCCUCGUCCAGGGCGACGUCGAGGUCCAUAUCGGCUCGUUUCCCGUCCUCGAGCGACGGGUGGAGAAGCUUCUGGCAGACAAUGCAUCUGCUUAUGACGACGCCUUCCGGUCGCGCAUUCACUUCCACCCUGUGAGGGGCCCAUCCAACACGGACGUCUUCAUCCGCACCGGCAAGCGCGGGGCGUUUCACCCCCCGGGCUACCAUGGCGCCGUCCUGGGCUUCCAGUCCCUGUGCGAGGACAUCUGGGGCUGGACCGAGGACGAGUACGUCGACAUCUACGAGAGUUGUGUCGACAUCAUCCACGAGGUGAAGCCGUCGGCCAUCGCCAUCGACUUCUUCUUCCUGCAGGGCCGCGAUGCUGCCUACAACACCGGCCACACGGCCAUCCUCAUCAACACCACCUCCCUGAGCCACAUCGUCCUGGGUAUGCAGCCCUACUCCGCCGCCCUGUGGAAAUACCCACUACCGGGCACCGGGUUCCCCUACCCGAUCCCCCUGCAUCUCAUCCCCUUCAACACCCUCGCCGUCCUCAAGACGGCCAAGAUGUACCAUGGCAGCGGCCGUCGUCGGGAGAUCCGCGAAUGGCGCAUCAAGCACAAGAUCCACGGGCGGUUCCCCUUCGCAGACGCCUGGCGACCGGACCGGUUCCACAUCUCGCCGGGGCUGAAGGAGCUGGAUUGGCCGUUCAGCAACGUGCCCGACAACAUCCUGCCGGCGGGGCCCAUCCUGCUACCCACAGCGUCCGUCGAGAAGCAAGACCCCGAGAUGGCGCGCUGGCUGGGCCGCGCGCCCACCAUUCUGGUCAACCUGGGCACGCUGUACGCGCCCGACCCCAGGGUGGCCGAGGAGAUUGCCACGGGCCUGAAGGGCUUCCUCGACGGGUGGAGGGGCGUCAAGAUCCAGAUCCUCUGGAAGCUGCCCCUGCAUCCGCACGACGAGGGCGAUAUCUACGCCCACGCCAUCAAGCCGCUCAAGCAGGAGACCGACGAGGGGAGCGUCAUCAUCCGUCCCUGGUUUGAAGUCGAGCCCAUGGCUAUGCUGCAGACGGGGAAUAUCGUCUGCUCCGUCCACCACGGCGGUGCUAACUCGUGGUAUGAGGCUAUCCAAAACGGCGUCCCCCAUGUCGUCCUCCCCGCCUGGCAAGACUGCUACGAGAACUCCGCACGGGCCGAAUGGCUAGGAAUCGGCGUGUACGGCAACAAGAGCCGAGCGCCAAACAUCAGCUCGCGCGAACUCAGCAAAGCCCUGCUGACGGUGAUGAACAACCCGUCCUACAAGGCCAAAGCCACGGAGAUCGCCAAGCUCUGCCGCAAAGAAGGGCGCAUCACGGCGGCCGAGAAAAUCGCCGAAUUGGCACGCAACCCCGAAAAAGCGACGGCGAUCCACAUCCCCACCGUCUUGAAAGAAGACCUGCCCCCUCUCUACACCCUGACGAACCGCGCCGGGCAAGAACUCACCACGGCCCAGCAGCCCCGGACAGAGGGGAAAGCCGCACGACGAAUCUCCCUCCUGACCGACAUCGCGCAAACGACGCUGAUGACCCUCCUCUGCAACACGUGGUUCCUGCUUCCGGUGAUGGGAUACUCGCUGCUUCUGGUCCCUCGACUCCGGCUGCUCGCACUGCUCUACAUCCUGUACAUCAGGUACGUCUCGACGGCACAUAAGUCGGGGACGCUGCCGCUCCGCAACGACGCGUUCCGGACAAGCUGGAUCUGGAAAUCCUUCGCCGCGUACUUCCCCCUCGCCCUCUACCGGAGCGCUCCCCUCUCGCCUCGCCGGAAAUACAUCUUCGGCUACCAUCCGCACGGCAUCGCGCUGCGGGGCGCGGUGGGCGCCUUCGCGGCCGAUUCGGUCAAUUUCUCCGCGCUUUUCCCCGGGAUCACGAAUACCCUGCUCAUGAAGGAUACGUUCUUCUAUCAGCCGCUGCAGCGGGAGUAUCUCCUCUCGCUGGGCGCGAGCGGCGUGUCCCGCUCGUCGUGCCUGAAGCAUCUGACGCGGGGCGGACACGACGAGCGGGGCAUGGGCCGCUCGAUCACGAUCACCGUGGGCGGAAGCCGCGAGUAUAACGUCGCGCGGCCGGGGACGAUGGGCGUGGUGGUCAAGAUUCGCAAGGGGUUUGUGCGGAUUGCGGUGGAGACGGGCGCGGAUCUGGUGCCUGUGGUGGCGUUUGGGGAGAACGAGCUGUUUGAUGUCGUUGAUCCGCGGUCGAGUAGUGUCGGGGGUCUGGUGGCGAGGGUGUGGGAGGGGGUCGUGGGCCAUAGGGUUGCGUUUUCCAGGGGCAGAUGGGGCAUCUUCUGCCCGUGGAGACGGCCGCUGAAUGUCGUCGUGGGGAGGCCCAUCGAGGUGCAGCAGCAGAGGUGGGAGCCCGAUGAGAAAUAUAUCGAUCAGGUCCAUGCCGAGUAUGUCCAGGCGUUGGGCGAGUUGUGGGAGGAGUGGAGGGAUACGUUUGGCGUGGAGAGGGAUGUGAGGUUUGAGGUGGUUGAGUGA